AUGAGCAGACCCAGUCUUCUCCCUAUCUCUCACUUUCCCUUGGAGGCUGAACUUAGGAACAUGCAGGGACUGCUCUCCUUCUCUCUUCUCAUCACUUCUUGGGCUUCCCAGUCCUGUUGCAGGGCUCAAGGCAAUGGUCAAGCUCCUGACCGGGAGUCUGAAGCAAAGACAACAGAAGUCGCUGAAGUGCAUGAGAGGAAAGAGUUCUGCCACUGGCCAUGCCAGUGCCCUCGGCAGAAGCCCAGGUGCUCACCUGGGGUGAGCCUGGUAAAGGAUGGCUGUGGGUGCUGUAAAAUCUGUGCCAAGCAGCCUGGAGAUACCUGCAAUGAGGCAGAGGUCUGCGAUCCCCACAAGGGCCUUUACUGUGACUACUCUGCAGACAAGCCUAGGUAUGAGAGAGGAGUGUGUGCAUAUCUUGUAGCUGUAGGAUGUGAACUCAACAGGGUGCAUUAUCACAAUGGCCAAGUUUUUCAACCUAAUCCCCUAUACAAAUGCCUAUGUGUUAGUGGUGCCAUUGGGUGCACACCCUUAUUCAUACCAAAGCAAGUAGACAGUCAAUGCUCUGGCUCCAAAGGUGGGAAAAAGUCUGACCAAUCUUAUUGUAGCUUGAGACUGCUACAACAACAGAUAUCAGCAAGCUACCAGUCAAUGCCAGUUUAUAAGAAUCUCCCGCUUUUCUGGAAGAGGAAAUGCCUUGUGCAGGCCACAACAUGGACACCUUGUUCUAGAACAUGUGGGCUGGGAAUAUCCAAUAGGGUUACCAAUGAAAAUAGUCACUGUGAAAUGAGGAAAGAGAAAAGAUUGUGUUACAUUCAGCCUUGUGACAGUAACAUAUUAAAGGCUGUGAAGAUACCCAAAGGCAAAACAUGCCAGCCUACUUUUCAGCUUUCUAAAAGAGAGAAACUUUCCUUUUCUGGAUGCUCAAGUACUCAGAGCUACAAACCAACUUUCUGUGGAAAAUGCUUGGAUAAGAGAUGCUGCAUUCCUAACAAGUCUAAGAUGAUUACCAUACAAUUUGAUUGCCCAAAUGAAGGGUCAUUUAAGUGGAAGAUGAUGUGGAUCACCUCUUGUGUAUGUCAGAAGACUUGCAGAGAUCCAGGGGAUAUCUUUUCUGAGCUAAAGAUUCUAUAA